AUGAUCUUCAUCAUUCGCAUCUUCAUGCUUGUUUUAUUGGCCCUGUUCCCAACUACCAUCUACGGCUUCUUGUUAGGAGGUACUUUUUUCCUAUAAAUUUCCUCCUAACACCUUUCCCUUCAGGAAGCGGUUGCGGCUGUCCCCCGCCAGCCUGUCCUCCUCCAACCCCGCCAUGUGCUCCUCCUUGUGGAGGUCGACCUUUUGCGGCUCACGCAGCCAAAACUGCGGUUUUCGACCGUCACUAUGACUCGCCACUUGUCUUGAACGUCCCUGAUGACUUGGAUCUAGUUAAUCAAUUUCUUUCUCAAUUUUCUUCAUUCUCAUAGCUUCAGAGAGCUGCCGCAUUUGGUGUUCCGCUUUCCGAGAAGCCAGAGCAACCUUCCGCCUUUGAAAUGCUGCAUCGACUCGGAGAAAACGAAGAUGGAUUCUACGAAGGCAUCAUCGAAGAUGCCGAUACCAACUAUCAGCCCAAGGUUGAUUAUUUCCAUUUUUAUAUCAAUAAGAACCUUGAAAGUUCAGGAAGACGAUGGCGAUCUCGCUUUCCGGACUCAAUUUAAGAAAUCUUCUCCUGAAAUCAGGAGAUCUCCAACAGUCAAUGUCAGAACGGUAGCUCAGACGAAUAUUUCAUUCAUUAACUGUUUUUUGUUUGAAGGAAGCACCUAUUGAAACAACGACCGUCGCCUCAGAAGCUGUAAAAACUACGACAGAGACUGUGACAAUGGAAAAGUGCAACAGCAACGUCCUCAAAAAACUUAUGCUUGAGGUUCAAUUUAAAAAAGAGUCUGUUCUAAUUAAAUUUUCAGAAUAUGAACGACAACUCAGCGGACUCUAAGAAGAUGAUCAAUGAAGCGGCUGAAGCAAAGUUCGGCGGCAGCGUGGACGUAAUUUGUUCGAGAGGACAUUUCUCUUACAUUUUCUCUUCAAAUUUGUUUUGUGAAGCUUCGAAAGGCCUCACGACGUGUAUUGCAUUCCGUCAAUCGAAAUCUGCUCCCUGA